CCGCGCUGCAGACCUGCGCCGCGCAGCCCGCCGCACAGUGGCCGCGGCAGCCGCGGCGGAGGCGACUGGGGGUUCCCGGGGUUUGCAGUUCUCUUCGGGGAGCCGAGGAGGAAGCACCCCCUAUCCCCCCAGUGCCCAGCACCGUGCACCCCAAGCUGUGCCUGGCGCGCGGCUCUGCCCCGCGGCCGCUCGGGCCUCCCCGGCCGGCAUGGAUUUCCUCGCGGCGCUCGCGCUCCUGUGCUCGCUCUACCUGCCCGCCGCCGCCGAGUUCGACGGGAGGUGGCCCCGGCAAAUAGUGUCCUCCAUUGGCCUUUGUCGGUAUGGAGGGAGGAUUGACUGCUGCUGGGGCUGGGCUCGCCAGUCCUGGGGACAUUGUCAACCUUUCUACGUCUUAAGGCAGAGAAUAGCAAGGAUAAGGUGCCAGCUCAAAGCUGUAUGUCAACCUCAGUGUAAACAUGGAGAAUGUAUUGGGCCCAACAAGUGCAAGUGUCAUCCUGGCUAUGCUGGAAAAACCUGCAACCAAGACGAACCCUUCUACCCAACUUCUUUUGACCAAGGCAGAGAUCAGCCUGUUUUCCAACCCUUGGAUCAUCAAGCCACAAGUUUACCUUCAAGGGAUCUGAACGAAUGUGGCCUGAAGCCCCGGCCGUGUAAGCACAGGUGCAUGAACACCUUCGGCAGCUACAAGUGCUAUUGUCUCAACGGAUAUAUGCUUAUGCCGGAUGGCUCCUGCUCAAGUGCACUAACGUGCUCCAUGGCAAACUGUCAGUAUGGCUGUGAUGUGGUGAAAGGACAAGUCCGAUGCCAGUGCCCGUCCCCUGGCCUGCAGCUGGCCCCUGACGGCAGGACCUGUGUGGAUGUUGAUGAAUGUGCUACAGGGAAAGUCUCCUGCCCCAGAUUUAGGCAGUGUGUCAACACUUUUGGAAGUUACAUCUGCAAGUGUCAUAAAGGCUUCGACCUCAUGUACAUCGGAGGCAAAUACCAAUGUCACGAUGUAGAUGAAUGCUCUCUUGGUCAGCAUCAGUGCAGCAGUUUUGCUCAAUGUUACAACAUACAUGGAUCCUACCAGUGUAAAUGUAAAGAUGGCUAUGAAGGCGAUGGAUGGAACUGUGUGUAUAUCCCCAGAGUCAUGAUUGAACCAUCAGGUCCAAUGCAUGUACCGAAGGGAAAUGAUACGGGUUUAAAGGGUGAUGGAGGACACACUAAUUGGAUUCCUGAUGUUGGAAGUUCUAGGUGGCCACCGAAGACACCAUAUAUUCCUCCUGUCAUUACCAGCAGGCCCACUUCUAAACCAACAACAAGACCUACACCAAAGCCAACUCGACAACCUACUCCACCCCCACCACCACCACCCUUCCCCACAGAGUUCCUAACACCUCCACCUCCACCUCCACCAACCCCGGAAAGGCCAUCCACCAGAGUGACAACCAUAAUGCCAACUACCAGUACAUCAAGAGGGAUCACAGUGGACAACAGGAUCCAAACAGAUCCUCAGAAACCCAGAGGGGAUGUGUUCAUUCCACGACAGCCGUCGAAUGACUUAUUUGAAAUAUUUGAAAUAGAAAGAGGAAUCAGUGCAGACGAUGAGGCAAAGGACGAUCCAGGUGUUCUGGUACACAGCUGUAAUUUUGACCAUGGACUUUGUGGAUGGAUCAGGGAAAAAGACAGUGACUUACACUGGGAACCAAUCAGGGACCCAGCAGGUGGACAGUAUCUGACUGUGUCGGCAGCCAAGGCCCCAGGGGGAAAAGCCGCUCGCUUGGUGCUACCUCUGGGCCACCUCAUGCAAUCAGGGGACCUGUGCCUGUCGUUCAGGCACAAGGUGACGGGGCUGCAUUCCGGCACACUGCAGGUGUUUGUGAGGAAGCACGGUGCCCAUGGGGCAGCCCUGUGGGGAAGAAACGGAGGCCAUGGCUGGAGGCAGACACACCUCACCUUGCGAGGGGCUGACAUCAAGAGCGUCAUCUUCAAAGGUGAAAAGAGGCGUGGUCACACUGGGGAGAUUGGAUUGGAUGAUGUGAGCUUGAAAAAAGGCCACUGCUCAGAAGAACGCUAAACAACUCCAGAACUAGCAAUGAACUCUGUGUUGUUCCCUCUUCUUUUUCCAAUGCUCACGUUCUAUUCUCUCUUCCCUCUUUAUCAGGCCCAGGGGAAGAGUGGGUCAGUGGUUCAGGAGGAAGCAUUACCCUGCUUUUGUGCAAUCCCAAUGAACAAUAACCCCUUCAUCCUUCAGACACAGGGGCAUCUGUAACCAUGUCCAAGACAUUUGGGGUGUUGCCUUCCGUGUUGUGUUUCCUUUAAGAAGGCCUUUGAUGUACAUGAUGACCUGUAUUGUCCUUCAUCCUGGUUUGUUCUUUGUAGCAAAUUAUGGGAGAAGCAUUCAAAAGGAAUCUGUGCAACUAGCCAUUGUUAUCUGUUCAGUGUUGUACCAAGAGUAGUGUUGACUUUCAGAUAGGAUGUACAGUACACUUGUGAGAUUGAUCUAUUCUCCUCAUGCCUGGCCUGACCUGAACUCUGACUUUUACUGCCAUUUCACUUCAUAAAGGAAGGGUGUGUAUAACAUAUCAAAACCCAUUUACUCUUGUUACCUGUUAUUUUUCUUUCAAAGACAAAUUAUGUAGAACGGGCAUGCAAUCCCCUCGUUAGUAUUACAGUGUUUUGUGUACGUGUGCUAAUAAUAUUAAGUAUUUACAUGUUCCUAAUAUUUACAGACUCUAGUUGCAAGGUCAAAGGCAGCUUGUGAUUGCUUGAGUUUAAAAUUAUAUGGUGAAAUCUCCUCCAGUUCCACAGCGUCAUGUUGGCAGCUGGAGAGAGCCAGCAGGCAUGUCAGGUUGUGGCUUUGGAAUGAUGGAUUUUGGUUAACUGGCCUUGAGUGUGAUCUCUACCCAGGGAAGUAAAUUAUUUAGGGAGACAAGGAACUGCAGUUACUAUAGAGCCCUUCACUGUUUCACAUUAGACUUCCACACCAAAAGCUUGUGCCCUCCUAACACAGCUCUACCUGGUCAUCUCUAGGCAGCUUGGUAACUGUUGUGGUUGUUUCAGAGGAACGAUCCUAGCUAUGAAGGCCAGGGGAGAGGAAUUGUAGCCUAAGCUCCACUGGGACCAUUGGCAUACUAAAUUUUAAAUGGCUACAAGUUUCAGCCAGUGAAGCUCCUCACUUAGACACUGUGUCCAGUUAAAGAGGAAACAGGUCCUAUGCACAGAGGCACUGGAUGCGCUGGGGUGAGAUUCCCACACUCGACUUCUUCUGUUUGUGCACUCCAGCUGUGUUCUUCUUGCACAUUUCACUUUUCUAUU